GUAAUAAUUACCAUAAAAAUAUACAUUUUUAAUCGCGUUUUGAAAUUAACUUAGUGUUUAAAAUCAAUUAAAAUUUAUUUCACUUCAACUUCCUAUCUUGUUUAUUUUAGGUUCAUAUUGACAAUGAAAGAGUCGUUUGCUGUCCCCCCUAAACGUUAUCUAUGGUGCAUUCCCAUUUUCUGCCUUUUAAUUCUGUGGAACAUAGUGCCCUACGAAGUAAAUGAAAACUUAAAUACCUUUAAUAAAGGCACCCAAAAGCGAUUUUACGUAAAUUACCCAAAAUGUCAAAUACCCUACCUGGAGCCCUACAAUUCUGAGUUCAUGAAAGUCUACAAACCGAAAAGCUUUACUCCCUGCUCCAAUCAAAGUGAUCUAAUAACAGUGCAAUUCGAUAAAAUGUUUAAUCAAUAUGUAGUACAUAUUAAUGAGGCGGUGCUUCAUAAGCUAUCCCAGUCGAAAAGUAAUGAUGUUUCUUGCUUUUACCAGAAAAUUAUCUACGGUCAAUCACCAGAUCGUUACGAUAAAAAGGGGAACGGAACCAAACUCACUCAGGACUUUUUGGUGCCCUUGGAUGUCGAAGGAAUGUUGGUGGACUGCAGGACACCGGAUCAAAAGAGACUCCUGCAAAAGGACGCUUUUAUGUUUAUACAAUACCAAGAGCAUCCUCAGAUUUUAAAGACAGAUCGAAAGGCCAGUGUGAUCAUGUACGGGAUAGAUACUGUUUCACGCACAAAUCUGCGUAGGAUGAUGCCGAUGAUAUACGAGUUCCUACAGUCGCCAGGGUGGUACGAAAUGAUGGGUUAUAACAAGGUGGCUGAUAACUCCUUUCCCAACAUAUUUCCUAUGCUAACCGGCUUUUCUCCGGAGACGGCAGCCACUCAGGUUUGCAACACAAGUCAGGAAGGAUGUUUAGAUAAUAUACCCUUUAUAUGGAAAGACAUGAAAAAAAGUGGAUAUUUGACAGCUUAUGCUGAGGAUUCGCUAAAUAUAAACACCUUCAAUUAUCUGAAACCAGGCUUCUCCUACAGGCCAACAGACUUCUACUUCCGUCCCUUUUUAAAUGCUCUGGAAAAAGAAACUAUGAUCCAAUAUUGCCCGGAUUGUAAACUGAAAUACUGCUUGGGUCGUCGACUAGCCAAUAGCUAUAUCUUCGACUACUGCCGACAGUUUAUGCAGCGAUUCUUGGCCGAUCGUCCCAUUUGGGGUAUGUUUUGGUCAAAUCACUUCAGUCACGACGACAUAUUCAUGCUUUCUGCCAUGCAGCAUAAGAUCUUGAGCGACUUGCUCAAUUUUGAAAAAGAUGGAGCUUUCGAGCACACUAUAAUGAUCUUCUUCUCCGAUCACGGGGCUCGAUUCGGCCCUCUGAUGCGCUUGAAGGAAUCAUUUUUGGAGGAACGACUACCCAUGAUGUUCAUUUACUUACCACCCUGGUUCCGGGCAAAGUAUCCCCAACAUGUUAGGGCUCUGUCCCUAAACCAGAAUCGCCUGAGCUCGAACUUCGACGUAUACAACACCUUGAAGCAUAUUCUACAGAUGGAUAAAGAUGUAGAGGAAACCAAAUGGUCAUACGACUGCCCCCAGUGUCAGUCCCUCCUUUACCCCCUGCCCGAGAAUCGCAGCUGUUCGGAGGCUGCCAUAGCGGAGGCCUACUGUACUUGCUACAACUAUGAGGAAGUCCAGGAGGAACCAUGGACCUGGCGCAUGGCCAAUCUGGUGGUGGAUCGCAUUAACAAUUAUCUCCAAAUAAACAACUUGCUUGAUCGAUGUAGUAAUCUUACCCUAAAAGUAGUCAAUGUUACUGAAGAAAGAAUGUUAGAGCUCGAUGAGGACGUAAACGUUGCGAAGGGAUUGCGACAUUACCACACUAAAUUCCAGGUUAAUCAAAAUAUGGCAGAAUUUUUUGCUACGCCUCUCUACAAUAAGGAAACGGAGGAGCUCAAAAUUAAUGUGGAACAUAUUGGUCGAUAUAAUAAUUAUGGACCCGAUGCGGAGUGCUUAGACAACAAGGUACAAAAGUUGUAUUGCAUAUGCCUUUCAAAGCUAAGGACAAACCAAUAGCCCUAUUAAUUUAGUCGUUAAACCACGCAAAUCAGUAUAAAAAUUUUGUUACAUUUUCUCUUCAAUUCGAAUUUUUAUUAAAAAACUUAACAUUAAAUCCGCCUAUCAUU